AUGGCCUACACCAAGCACAGCCAACCGCAGCAAACAUACCAGCUUCGCAAUCUGCCCGCUGACGUUGACAGAUUUGCAGCAGCUCGUCUUCUUGUCGCAGCGGUGUCAGAUCCACGACUUACAUCAGACGACAUCGAUAUCCACUCUUUGGCCAAUACUGUCGACUGGGACCAGAAAUCGCAGAAUAAAGUAGCGACACUAUCAUUCAAAGUAAUCCCGGAAAUGUGCCGCUCGUCGACAGUGGACAGCUAUCUGCAGCCUCAGAGUCGCGAGUGGAAACUGACGGUUCCCCUACUUUCUGAACCUCUGAUUCUUGACACGCACUUCGAAGGUUUCACUGUGCUCAAUGCGAUACAAGAAUCGAGACACCGCUUCGACUGCAUUGCGCUUCCCGGCCUUGUUGGUCACCCUUUCGGUUGUUGGCAGCCUUCGGAAGACGAACCAUCAUUCAUGUGGAUCCGUGACGCACUUCCUUUGCUGAUGCCACGGACAAGGUUCUUACUGUAUGGCUACGGCGCUGCCGUCUUGCCCCAAAAGCCUGUAGGAGAUAUCUUUGACCUAGCGAGGACACUCAUGUUGGACCUGCAGACCGGCGGUUGGUCUGCACCGACCUCAAAACCACUCUUGUUCUUAGCCCACAGCUUGGGUGGUGUUAUUCUCAAGCAGAUGUCCGUCCUCCUGGCUGAUGGCAAUGAGCGUGCGAAGUUCAUUCUCUCGAACAUCAAGGGUGUGGUCUUCUUUGGCACUCCCAGUAGAGGCAUGCCAGUAUCGCAUCUACUAGCUGUGCUCGGGAGCCAACCGAAUCGAGACAUGAUUGAAAACUUGACGAACCAGUCACAAGUAUUAUUCGACCUAGAGGCCCAGUUCUCUGGCGUGUCUUGCCAUGCGGGUAUACAGAGCGUCUGGGCCUACGAGACACAGCCGUCUAUGGUUACAGCGUCAUUUGGCAUCAUCGUGGACAGUGAUUCCGCAACAAGUGGUCGAUCUGAAAUUGACACAAAGGCUAUGGUUCAAAUCGAUAAGAGCCACUGGGACAUGAUUAAGUUGGGCCGGGGUGAUGACCAGAUUCGCGUCUGGGCUGGCAGGAUUAGUGAUCUGUGUCGCAAUCGAGACGAGUGUGCUGCUACUGCCGCGCAGUUAGACAGCUCAGAUGAUGACGACGCUCGCAGUGACGAAACUGAACUGGAGGACGAUUCUUUCACAUGUCCGACCGAGCUUGACCAAACAGCAUUCGGCACGAAAUCGAUGCUAUGGCAGUAUGAUCUCUUUGUCCAUUCCACAAGCACCGAGACAAAUCAAAGAUUUUCACAAAUCGAAGAAAGCUUUGAACAAACAUUCCACUGGGCCUUCGAUGAUACGUCGAUAGGUCUGACCAAAUGGCUACGCAGUGGAACGGGGAUCUUCUGGAUCAGCGGCAAACCGGGCUCCGGCAAGUCGACUUUCAUGAAGUUUCUGCUGCAAGAUCCACGCACCAUGGAACUGAUGCACAGCUGGCGCUCAAAGCAUCAUCAGAUCAUCGCCAGCUUCUUCUUCCACCAUCGAGGGACUCACCUACAGAAGUCGUUUGAAGGCUUGCUUCAAGCCCUUUUGGGCCAAAUACUUGCAGAAGAACGGGGCUUGUUUCCAAUCAUCAGCUCCCUACUAGACACUAAAUUGCAGGCGAUUUUGGACUCCAAACGCUUAGGUUCUCUCGCAUAUGACGCUCGAAAACUUCUUGAGUCAAUUGCAGGACCAGCUUACGAUCAGACCUUGAGCAAACGACUGGAGGAUCUCCUUUCGAUCGAUCCUGCCGCAGAACUGGAUGCUGUGCUCGCAGAUAAGUGCCCCAACUUGGAACAAGAUCGCCAGUUGGCUAUCAAGCGCGUAUUGCUGUUGGCGUUCCAAAAUCUAUCGAACAGCGAUGAACCGAGUAGCAUCUCGAUGAGUGAUGUUAUCUCAUUGAGUAACCAAGCCGAUAGAGUCAACAUCGAUUGUCUAGACGAUGCGAUAGCAACCUGGCGUUACAAGAUCGACUACAAACGCAUUGUCACGGAGUUCCUGCAGAAACAUAAGCUUCUCGCGGUACCUACGACGGGCGACACCACUUCGGUUCCCUUCGCGGAAUUGGAAGCUGGUGUCAUGGGAGCAAAUAGCCUUCGACACAGAAAGCUUAUCAAGAAGGCUGUGGAUCGCCAGAUAGCGCGUCAACAGCUCCGCUUCAGUAUUCAACUCUCGGCUUGGAGUAGGGCAGAGUUGGAGGAAGCCGUGCGGCAGAUCUUCGAUCAGAGUCUCCUGGAUCUCCAGAUCUGCUUAUACUUCGAUGCUCUGGAUGAGUAUGAUGGCCGUCCGGAGACCAUUGCAGACUUCUUGAAAGAUCUCAUCACGACUCGAAAGUCCUCCAGAACACAAGCAAGAGUAUUGUUCUCUAGUCGCCCCUGA